AUGUCGUCUCAAUUUUUACAAACUGAGAUCGCCAAUUUGAUUCAAGAAUCCCGAAGGAAAAACUCCGAUUUGCGAAAUGCCGCUGAACAGUCGUUAAAUGAACUCAAAGCACUACCAUCAACCUCAGAGGCCCAAAUAGCAGCAGACCUUGUCCGUAAACCAAAUUUUGUGGAGCCAUUCAUCAUCGCAUGUCAUACUCGACAUGCAAAACUUGCUGGUAUUGGUGUGAUCUGCUUGCAAAGACUAAUCGCAUCUCGAUCACUACCAUCAACUCGUCUUAAAGAUGUAAUAGGAGGGUUGAAGGAGACAACAAGCCUAAGCCUUGACAUCCAAUUGAAGAUCUUGCAAUCUUUACCUUCACUUCUGCAGUUUUAUUCGAAUGACUUGAGUGGGGAGCUCCUGGCAAACACAUUGGAAAUAUGUGCCACGCUACAGGCGAGCAAAACGAUUGCUGUGUCCAGUACUGCAUCGGCCACUCUUCAACAGUUGGUGGGAUCCACUUUUGAAAGAGUGUUCAGCGAAGACAAACUUCCAAACGAUGCCAAAAUAACGACUACCAUCAAAGUCGAUGGCCAGUCGCUCGAUAUUGGUUACUUUGCCUAUGAUGCACUGCUAGUAUUGGAUGACCUCUGUCGUUUGAUAGAUGGUGAGCCAUUGCAAUUUCUCCGCUCACGAACUCUAUCCCAAACUUUUGUUUUGGAGCUCAUUGAGAGCAUCCUGCUAAACAGUGGCCGCCUUUUUGUGGGACACCCCGAACUUUCGCAAGUGCUGCGCGUUCGGCUAUUGCCACUGACCGUCCGUUGUCUCUCCGAAAGAUAUUCAUUCGCCCAAACAGUUCGUGUUGCACGGAUACUUCUCAUUCUGCUAAAGCGCCACAUGUCCCUUUUGACAGCAGAAUGUGAAAUGGCAUUGAGUCUAAUAACACAUCUUGUUGAACCAGAUGGAACAGCACCUUGGAAGCGUUUACUAUGCAUGGAGAUCUUUCGAGGACUAUAUUCCGAACCCGGUGCUGUACGACUAAUAUACACCCUGUACGAUGGCGAGGAAGGGCGAAAGAACAUACUGCGCGACCACAUGGCUGCGCUUGUCAGGUUGGCCUCGGAGAAGCCUGCGUUGAUAGGUGUCAGCAACCAGUCGACAGUCCCUUCGCGGGCGGACCACAACAGAUCUACCACAGAGGAUCAGAUAACCCUCGAGACUGGUGGUGUUGCUGGUGUCAUUGGAUCAACUGUUCCUCCCAGCGAAAUCAAAGUUCCAGGAAUCAGCGCUCAGUGGAGUGUUGUUCGCAUGCCAUAUAUUGAGCUUCUCGACAAGACAGAUCCACCUGUUCCACCCGAAACUUACAUAUACAGUCUGGUUCUCAACUGCAUUAGCAGUUUUGCUGAAGGGCUUGCGAAAUUCAUUCUUCCGUUGACAGUCCCGGACAGAAAACAAAUGCGCAAAAAUAGACUCAUGAGUCCCGUGCAAGGACCUGAUUCCGCCAGAUCCUCUCAAGACUUCUCGGCCGAGCCCAUUCGACCACAACCCAGUUCGCCAACAAGUAAAUCACAUGUGCCGAUUAAUCCCUUGAACCUCCAGUCUCAUGUUCAAUAUUCCGCUAUCAAGACUUGCGCCGGGAUAAUAGAGAACUGUUGGCCCGCAGUCCUCGCAACUUGUUCUACCUUCUUACGGGCCUCCUUGGAUGAUGAGUACUACCACAAUCUUGUCAGAGCAUUUCAGAAGCUGGCUCAUGUAGCGGGCCUUCUGAGGUUAUCAGUGCCUAGGGAUGCUUUUUUAACUACUCUCGGAAAGGCUGCGACGCCUGCAACUACCAACCCUCAGAACGCAUCGGCUACUGGUGCGCAGCAAAGCGACACCCCUCAGAAGAAACGUAAGAGUGCAGACUUUUCCGGUUCCAGCCUUUCGGCAGCGGAGUCUGCAGGAGCAACCGCGGGAGAGGGGCCUCCAGUAUCUUUGAGUACCAGGAACCUGCUUUGUAUGCGGGCCUUGCUCAACCUAGGAAUUGCUCUGGGGCCAACAUUAGACCAGCCCGCCUGGUCCAUCCUCUUCGAGACACUCCAGUAUACUGGGCUGGUGAUCAGCAUGUCUUCCAGUGCAAUGGUAAAAUCGGCUAGUGGAGCUGGAGAGACACCAGCCGCUCCAGGGAAUGAUGUUCCAACCGCAAACCUCGGAACCGAGGCCAUUGCGGUCCAGGCGGCUUCCAGCAAAAUGCUUGAAAGCACCAGCGAUUUUCCUAGUGCACCUUUUGAAGAGAUUUUACUUGCACUGUUGAACCUAUCAGUAUUUACAGGGCAGCGCCGUCAACCAGAAGAUGUCAAGGAAGUUUCAGAAAUGCCUCGCUCGCUACAAUCCUCUCGAGGCGCUGGCCGUCCGAACCAAAAUGCUCGGCGCGUGUCACAUACCGUUGGAAAGUCCAGGAUGCAAGACGAGGAACUAAAGUUUGUUCUAGAUAAAGUGAAUGAGCUGGCCAAGGCCAACCUUGCCAGGCUAUCUUCGCUUGAGGAAAAUGACCUCAAAGUUUGGGAACUGCUUACACAAAGUCUUAUUUCGGCUUCCGCGAAUACUACCAUCAGCCCAAAUCUUCGUCUCCAGGCAAACGCAAUCUUAAACUCGCUUAUCUUCUCAACGAUGAAACAAAGGGACGAAGACGACGAGAAAGCGUACAAUGAAGUACAGACGAGAAAUUUGCAAACAUUAAAGGACCAGAUUGCUUCGCUAUACGCAUCAGACAUGCAUACAGCGAAGUCUCUGCCAAUGACAGUGAUUGAAAUUCACGAGCAAAGCUUGGAAGUCCUGAGAAACAUCUUGGAACAGUACGCAGAGACCUUUGUGGACGGAUGGCACCUCAUCUUUGAUUUGAUAUCUGGUGUUUUCCAAGCUUCCUCCCGGCCCGAGACUGCUAGUCGGCCGUCCAAUGCGCUGGAGCGUAGGGCAUCCGCUCUUCCAGCGGGCCCUCGCCUGGUUCGCGCUGCCUAUAAAUCUCUGCAUCUUGUUGCUUCUGAUUUCCUUUCUUUGCUUCCAGCACCCUGUCUCUUGAGCUUGGUGAACGCUUUCUCCAGCUUUGCAUCGCAGACUCAGGAUUUCAACAUUUCCCUUACUACUACCUCUUUCUUCUGGAAUGUUUCCGAUUUCCUUCAGGGGCAGAUCGAGCAAAUCUCUGUUGACCAUGUCGACACUUCCGUCAACGAAAAAGAGCUGACCAAACUGGCCCGCUACGAGGAUCCUUCUGUCUCUCGGAACUCAUUAUGGUUGCUUCUACUGCUUCGUAUCGUUGAUGUCACCACAGAUAGCCGGCCAGAAAUUAGAAACAGUGCAGUGCAUACGCUUCUCCGCAUUUUUGAUGCCUAUGGACAGCAGCUCUCCCCUAGAGCCUGGCGUCUUUGUUUGAACAUGGUCGUCUUCAGGAUGGCUGAAGGUAUUGUGGACACCCUUCUUCAGGCCAAAUGCAAGCAGAGCUAUCCAAACUCUGAUGACUUCAAGUCAUGGGUAGACACGACAGUCGUGAUGAUAAAGGGAUCAUCCAAUCUGGUGACGAAUUUCUUCGAGACCGUUGUUCGUGACGAGAACUUCGACGAAUCCUGGAAACGACUUUUGAAGUACUGGCAAAGCCUGAUCGAUUUGCAUAUCUUGGAAUUCAGCGAAGCAAUAUUUUCCAGUCUCUCAGCAAUCCUCCUCCGGGUGCAGAACACCAGUGAACUUAGCAAUAAUGCUCUUGAGUGUGCGUGGCUUGUUUGGGCAAACGGAAAUCCUGCCGGGGACGACAAAGUGCUUGACCUGGACAAACCUAACCAGGAGGCUGCUCUGGCUUAUGUACAAUCAUUCCAACAGAUCUACCGUCUCUACAAAGAUCAAUUGACCACAACACAUAUCGAAAAAGUCCUUCGCCACCUGCGUUUGCUUGUGUGGAACUCGGUCAACCCGCGUUACUCCCCGGAUAUUGACCGAUCUUCGGCCCUGCAAGCUCUAGUCACCGAUUGCAUAAAAACUCUCUGUCAAGAAAAGGAGGACUCCCAGCCCACGAUUCUCUUGUGUCUUGCUGAGCUGUCUGAUUCAGCACUAUCGAGAUGGAGUCCCGGUAACGACGCAAGAAAACCAGCGUUCGUGGCAUUCUCAAAAAGUACCAUCGAUCUCGUCAACUGGUACAUUGCCGAAUUUGGUAUCAAGCAAGAUGCAUUCACAAACGGAGCUCUGGCAGAUACCCUCAAACAUCUCGGCACUUUAAUUGCGGAGAAGUACACGUGGCAGGGCAAAGAUCGCGAGCCCUUCCUCUGGCAGAAGGCCACAACGACAUCCCUGAACGUUCUACAAGUUUCAGUCCCCUAUGCCGAGAGCCAAUAUUCCAAAGCAAAUGAGUCCGAGAUAUCCCGGUUCUGGCAGCGCAUCGUGGAAAUCACUAACGGAAUUGUCUCCGCCCACGGCUUCCAAACCCAGCAACUCCCCAACGCGCGGAUCAUUUCCGACGAAGCCUUCGACAUAAAGGCCCUAACGCGAUUGAAGACAAUCAUCCUCCCAUCCCUCGGCAACGCCACCAUACCGGAUCUCGUCCGCCGCGAUUUCGCACGCGCCCUCUUCCACUCCUCCUUCAUCUACGCCCCCUCCGCUUCGACCUCCCCACGGCUGGCCUAG